CUGACUUCUCAAAUUCUCCCUUCUGACAGUUCUGACAACAAAUUGACAGAUUUUUAAUAACACGAACAUGCUUGGUGUUGUGUGAUUAUUUCGUAGAGGUUAUAAAUAAAAGUUAUUAUUUGUGAAAUUGUUAAUUAAUCAAACAAAAUGGUGAAAAAGAAAAUAGAUAACCGCAUUAGGGUUAUGAUAGAGAAUGGUGUUAAGUUGGGACAUCGUACUAUGAUCCUUCUCGUUGGUGACAAAAGUAGAGAUCAAGUUCCAAUUUUAUAUGAUAUGCUAGUUAAGUCUACUGUGAAAGCAAGGCCCACAGUUUUAUGGUGCUAUAAGAACAAGGAUGAGGCUAUCAGCAACCAUGGCCGUAAAAGAGCAAAGAAGAUAGCAGCUGGAAAGUUGGAAGUGUCAGAAGAAUCUCUAUUUGAUGCAUUCAGAGUGGCGACAACUAUACAUGGACGGUAUUACUCGGAGAGCCACACAAUGCUUGGUCAGACUUAUGGAAUGUGUGUGUUACAGGACUUUGAAGCUCUAACACCAAACUUGAUGGCUCGUACAGUGGAGACAGUAGAAGGUGGAGGUCUCAUUGUGUUCCUGCUAAAAUCUAUGGACUCUUUGAGGCAGUUACAUUCCAUCACUAUGGAUGUUCACUCCAGAUUCAAGACCGAAGCGUACGACACAGUAGUGAAUCGGUUCAAUGAGAGGUUCCUCCUGUCCCUAGCUGACAACCCUCGGUGUCUGGUGCUCGAUGACUCCCUGACUGUCCUGCCUAUAUCUUCCAAGACUGCACAGGUUGAACCAGUCGAUGGUGUUCCUGAGCGUGUCAACCCCAAACUGACGGAGUUAAUAUCGUCUUUAUCGGACUCCCCGCCGGCGGGACCACUGGUAGCUCUAUGUCGCACGUACGACCAGGCCACUGCACUCGUAGCGCUCAUCAACACACUCGCUGACAAACAGGCCAGGCCUCCUCACUGCCUCACAGCGGCCCGAGGUCGAGGCAAGUCCGCCUGUCUAGGCCUCUCCAUAGCCGCCGCAGUAGCCCUGGGCUACGUCAACAUCUACGUGACGUCGCCACAUCCAGAGAACUUGAUAACAUUAUUCGAAUUCCUACUCAAAGGCCUGGAUGCCUGCCUAUACCAAGAACAUAUCGAUUACAAUAUAGUAAGGUCCACGAAUCCCGACUUUAAGAAGGCUAUAGUAAGGGUCAAUAUUGCUAGGAAUUCAAGACAGACUGUGCAGUACAUAUCCCCGGACGACCACUCGCUGCUGUCGGCGGCGGACCUGGUCCUGGUGGACGAGGCGGCCGCCAUCCCGCUAGUUCACGUGUCUGCCGCGGCCAGCCGCGCCCCGCUGGCGCUGCUGUCCUCCACCGUCUCGGGGUACGAGGGCACGGGCCGGGCUCUCUCCCUCAAGUUGUUUGCUCAGCUACAAACUCAACAUAAUGCUCCUUCGCCGAUAAAACUAGAAGAACCAAUUCGUUACCGGUCAGGUGACCCAGUAGAGGCGUGGCUUAACUCCCUGCUAUGUUUAGAGGCCCCGCCCCCCAGCGCAGGCGCAGGCGCCCCGCCCCCCUCCGCAUGCGACCUCUACCGAGUCAACAGAGACGCCUUGUUUUGUUACCAUAAAGCCGCUGAAGCCUUUUUACACAGACUCGUAUCAAUUUAUGUCGCUAGCCAUUAUAAGAACAGUCCAAACGACCUCCAACUGCUGGCAGAUGCGCCGGCGCAUUGUCUGUUCGUACUACUGGCGCCCACGCCGGCCAACAGUACGGCCAUGCCGGAGAUACUCUGCGUCAUACAAAUGUGUUUGGAAGGAAAUAUUUCUGACAAGUCAGUCCGCGACAGUCUAGGCCGUGGUCGCAAAGCGGCUGGCGACUUGAUCCCGUGGAACAUUUGUGAGCAGUUCGGAGACAAAGAUUUUCCUAAACUGUCCGGAGCUAGGAUCGUGAGGAUAGCCACACAUCCGUCUUAUCAGAGGAUGGGGUACGGUAAGCGCGCCCUGCAGCAGCUAGCGGCGUACUACGCGGGCGACAUCCCGUGCCUAGACGAGGAACACUCCGACGGAGAGGACACCGCCACCAAUGGGACCAGCACGUUGCAGACUGAGACUAUUGUGCCUAGAGCGAAACCGCCAACUCUAUUAAAACGUCUGACGGAAGUGAGAGCUGAACACCUGGACUACCUCGGGACCAGCUUCGGCCUCACAGAGGAACUCCUCAAAUUCUGGAAGUCACAGAAAUAUGUUCCUGUGUAUCUAAGUCAAAAAGCGAACGAGCUGACAGGCGAGCACUCAUGCAUAAUGCUUCGGGCGCUUCGCCAGGCGAGCUGGCUGGCCGCCUACAGCGCUGACUUCAGACGUCGACUCUCGAGGCUGCUGGGGCGAAGUCUCCGAGGGCUCCCUGCCUCACUAGCACUCUCUACACUGCUAAAUGAUAAUGUUGCUAUAGAUAAACCUGCUCUAACAAAAGAUCUGAUAGCAGAACAGCUAUCAGGUCACGAUGUAGGUAGACUAGAAGCGUACAGUCGCCAGCAGGCUGACUACAGGCUGGUAACCGACUUGCUGGGACCCCUCGCCACGCUGGUCUUCCACACCAAGUCCUCGCUCAAACUGGAUGCUGUGCAACAGGUAAUAUUCAUAGCAAUGGGUUUCCAAAUGAAAGAUGUGGAUGAUAUAGCAAAAGAACUCGGGCUACCAGGCUCUCAGAUAUUAGCGAAGUUCUUCGAAGCGUGCAAGAAGAUAACUACAGUUGUCAACGCCGUUCUAGAAGAUACUGUGGCCAAGGAAAUCGGCAUUGAAGACAAAAAUACCGAUGACGUCACCAUGGGCCCCGUCAAACAGAGCUUGCAAGAUGAAUUGUCGAAAGCUGCCAAGGAAUUGGAGCGCAAGCAACGUAAGGAGUUGUCUCGGUUGAUGGGCGAGGAUCUGGCGCAGUACCGCAUCAAGGGCAGUGACCUCGACUGGGGACAGGCCCUCGCUGGCUCCAAGCAGAAACAACUGGUUUCCGUCAAAAGCGGUGAGAAACGUCUCGGCGAUGACAGCAAGGAGAUCGAUGACCUCAUAGAAGCACACUCACAGAAGAAGAAAAAGAAAAAGAAGCAUUUAGAGCUGAGCUUAAUUCUAGUCGACUUUCAAAUCUUUCGACCUCUAAAGCUAGAUAUCUGCCCUGAAAACGAGAUCUUUUUCAAAUUACCCCAUUUGCUGGUGCUAGGUCAUGUCAUAACAGCAAAUUUAGAUUAUCUUUUAGUAGCCCUACUCGCCCUCAGAACUAGUAAAAACCGAAUGUCGGUUAAAGAACGAAGGCCCGACGUCGGUCUGCUCGCGCGGUGCGCUGCACCCGCCCCGUCCCGGGGCCGCGGCACAGGCACCGCCCCGGCUCCGACCUCUCGCGGCCGACUCGCUGCCUAUCGUAUCCUCGCGAAUCCACCGCGAGAGGACAGUGAGAGGAAACGUGCGAUGAAGCGACAGACUCGUAUAGGAAGUAGGUUCAACAUGGCGCGCCGCGAUACCGCAGCGCCCACGCAGCGUCCCCGGAGCGUCCCCGCUGCGUGA